CGGGCCGACUCGGACGUGUUCGUGCCCUACGGCUACCUGCGCGCGCCGCCCGCGCCGCGGCCCUUCAGCCUGCCCCGCAAGAGCCGGCUCGUGGCCUGGGUCAUCAGCAACUGGAACGAGGAGCACGCGCGGGUGCGCUACUACCGGCAGCUGCAGGAGCACCUGCACAUCGACGUGUACGGCGCGCGGGGCCUGGCGCUCGCCGAGGGCGGCGUGGUGGCCACCAUCGCCGCCUACAAGUUCUACCUGGCCUUCGAGAACUCGCAGCACACCGACUACAUCACCGAGAAGCUCUGGAGGAACGCCUUCGCCGCCAGCGCCGUGCCCGUCGUGCUCGGGCCCCGCAGGGCCAACUACGAGCGCUUCAUCCCGCCCGACUCCUUCAUCCAUGUCGAUGACUUCCCCAGUCCCUGGCGCCUGGCCGCCUACCUGAAGUUCCUCGACAAGAACAAGCCCAAAUACUGGCGGUAUUUUGCCUGGAGGAAGAAGUACGAGGUGCACGUCACCUCCUUCUGGGACGAGCACUACUGCAAGGUCUGCGAGGCUGUACGCAUGGCAGGGGAUCAGGUCAAGACUGUGCGCAAUCUGGCCAGCUGGUUUGAAAGCUGA